UGUUUUAAUUAUGAAAGAAGUUAUUAGGAGACAGAUUUUACCCUUUUAUUUCGCCUUAUGUUGUUUUAUUGCGCCUUUUAACCUCAAAUGAUUUUUUUCGUGAAGACGUCAUAUUCGUGAUAAGUAGAGAAGAUCGGUAGCUAGCUGUGUACACGUGAUCAAACUAAAGCAGAAUGCAGGACGUAGAUUCUCUGAACCUGGUGAUGAUUCUGGGCUCGCUGAGGGAGGGAAGAAACGGAGAGAGGGUUGCCAGAUAUGUUUCGGAACAGCUAGCAAAGCGGGGACACAGAGUACACAUUCUAGAUCCACAGGAGAUUAAGUUACCCCUCCUCACAGUUCCUUUUCACUUCCGAAAGGCAGAAGAUAUGCCCACCCUGCUGGCGGAGACAAACAGGAAAAUUAAAGAGGCAGAUGGAAUAGUGCUAGUUUCCCCUGAGAAUAAUAGGGCAGCUCCCCCAGCCAUCACUAACUUCAUUGACCACUUCCCACCCACGAGUUAUAAGUGCAAACCUACCGGUGUAGUCACUUACUCGACAGGAAUCUACUCUGGCAUAGUAUGUGCUCAACAGUUGGUGACGAUGAUGACAGAACUGGGCUCCCCCGUCAUCCCCACCCCAGUGUGCAUUCCCACAGUGCACGAGAGCAUGGACCCCGCGGGCAGAACAAACAAUGAACACAUCGUGAACAACGUCGCCAAAAUGAUCAAAGGCAUUGAAUGGUACGGAGACGCCAUGCGCUCCCAGAGAAAGAAGUUUGGACUACUUUGAAACUUGUAAUG